AAAACAAUGCAAGCUAUGAACUCAUUUCAAAGCACCGGCGAAAAUGGUGCUUCGUCCGGCGAACACAUCAGUCAUUCCCAUUUCGAUCCGUCGUCGUCACACGACGACUUCCUCCAACAGAUUCUCUCUUCUGUUCCUUCUUCUUCUCCCUGGCCUGAAAUCUCCGGCGACGGUCACCCCUACAAUUUCGACGACCAUCAGUCAACUCUCUUGGCUUCCAAGCUCCGGCAGCAUCAGAUCAACGGCGGCAGCUCUGCUGCCGCAGCUGCUAAAGCGUUGAUGCUUCAGCAGCAGCUUUUGCUUUCUAGAGGAAUCGCCGGUAAUGGCGGCUCUGGGAUGAACGGCGAUCAAAACGACGACGGUUUAAAUCCGGGGAAUGAUAUUUCAGUUCAAGCUCUUUACAAUGGAUUCGCUGGAUCUCUUGGUCAAACCUCAAAUCAAUCUCAGCAUUUUCACCAUUCUCAGGCGCAGAGUUUCGGAGCUCCGACGGCGUCGUUGACGAUGAAUCAAACGCCGGCGGCGAGUGGUUCAGCUGGUGGAGCGCAGCCAAAGCAACAGAAAGUUAGGGCUCGAAGAGGACAAGCAACUGAUCCUCACAGCAUUGCUGAAAGAUUACGGAGAGAGAGAAUUGCAGAGAGAAUGAAGUCUUUGCAGGAGCUGGUACCUAAUGCCAAUAAGACAGACAAGGCUUCAAUGUUAGAUGAGAUCAUCGACUAUGUCAGGUUCCUCCAGCUCCAAGUCAAAGUUCUGAGUAUGAGCAGAUUGGGUGGUGCUGCAGCUGUUGCUCCCCUAGUUGCUGAUAGAUCCUCUGAGGGAGGAGGUGAUUGUGUACAAGGAAAUGGAGGUCGGGGUGGCAGUAAUGGAACGACGUCGUCUGCAAACAAUGACAGCAGCAUGACGAUGACGGAGCACCAGGUAGCUAAGCUAAUGGAAGAAGAUAUGGGAUCAGCCAUGCAGUAUCUUCAAGGAAAAGGCCUAUGCCUUAUGCCAAUUUCCUUAGCCACUGCUAUUUCCACCUCCACGUGUCACUCCAUGAAGCCCAACAACCCACUACUACUCGGCGGAGGCUCCGCCAUCAACGGCGGUGGUGAGACCGGCGGUGGACCGUCUUCUCCUACCUUGUCGGCCUCCACUGUUCAGUCAGCUACGAUGGGCAAUGGCGGGACUUGAGUUAGUCCUUCUAUCCCAAUGUGACUCACUGUUUU